AUGCUUAUAAUAAUUUUUUUCUUCCCCGAAAUUCUAUUAAUUUACUCAUAGAAUUAAUAUUCAUUUAAUUAAGAUCUAGAAAUAUAAUUAAGUUAGUUGAAUAGAGGAAAGGAUCGUUAAUUAAAUUAAUUAAUUUUAGAUGGAAUAGAUUGGAGACCAAUUUAAAUAUACUUUCAAUUUUUAGAAAAUUCAGAAAUUAAUUAAGAAACUUUAAAAUAUAUCACUAAAAUACUCGAGAUAUCAAAAAUAUUUUUUAGUAAACAUUUAAUGGUCAGAAAAUAAAAUGAAAGCCUCAUUUUUGGAAAUAAAUAAGCAUGUGGUGGAAUAAACAUUCCUGAAGCAUUCUAAUUUAAAGAAUAUAAUUAUGACUUAGUGAUAUUUGUUUCAUUCCAAUUUGAUAAUUCAAGCAAUUAUUUUGCAUAUUCUGGUCCUUGUAAAAUAACAAUAUAUGAUUUGAGGCCAACUUUUGGAGUCAUAAAUUGGAAUUUGAGAUAACUAUUAAUGGUAAUAAAUGAAAUAAAAUUAGAAAAAUGCAAAUUCAUUUAAUUUGUAAUUAAAUCUUUAAACAUCUAUUCAUGAAAUUAUUCAUACACUUGGAUUUAUUGAAGUUCUUUAUCAAUACUAUUAUGACCCUUAAACAUUAGAAUUUUAUAAUCUGACCUUGGAAAAAGAUGAGAAUAAUCAUUUGAUUUUGUCAACUCCUCGUUUAAUUAAUAUAUCAAAAGAGUAUUAUUAAUGUGAUCAUUUUAUUGGAGCUUUGAUGGAAAACUAAGGGGGAGAGAAUAGUGCAAGUCAUCAUUUUGAACGUUCUAUCUAUUUUAAUGAACUUAUGACAGGUACGCAGAUGAAUGGUUAAUCUGUGUUAUCUCAAUUCACAUUUACUUUAUUGUCAGAUUUUGGGUAUUACAAUUAUUUUUGAUCAUAGAUUUUACCGAUUAUUAAAAUAUAAGAGUGAUUCUAUGACUUAUGGUAAAAAUAGAGGAUGCGACUUUUUAUUUAAGUCUUGCAAGGAGUAAGAAAUUGAUGAAUUUUGUAAUUAAAAUGAAUAUACUUGUUCAUAUGAUAAUUCAGGUAUUGGAAAAUGUGGUUAAGAUUAAUUAAGUGAUUAAUGCUCUUAUAGAAGUAUAUUUUUAGGAAUGAACUGUAAAAAUCCAUUCCAAUAUCAGACAUAAGAAUAGAUAGAGCAUUUUUUGAAGACUAAAAGUACCAUAGGUGAGAAUAGUUUAUGCUUUCAAAUAAUUUAUAAAGAAAAAAAAAUUCAAACAUUAUCAGAGCAAUUAAGUCUUAUUGACAAAUCAUGUUAUAGAUUUUAGUGUUAAGACAAUGAAAUAAAUAUAAUUAUUUAAUAAAAUGAAAAUAGUACGAUCCAACUUCAUUGUCCUAAUAAUGAGACUAUUACUUUUAGUGAUAUUAAUUUUAGUAUUAAAUGUCAAGAAGAUUCAAAGAAAAUCUGCUCUAAUUAAAACACAUGUCAAAAUUAGUGUAAUUUUAGAGGGUUUUGUGUUAAUCAAUAAUGUACUUGUUAGUACGGGUAUUCCGGAUAUUUUUGUGAAAAUGAAUGUGAUGGAUUUAGAAAAGAAGAUAAAUGCUUAAUUACAUGUGAUUAAUAAGAUUACGCGGAUAUCAAUUCUAUGUAUUGUUUGACUUGUUCAGGAGUAAUAGAAACUAUAAUAUUAUAUCUAGAAUUGUAAAUCAUGUAAAAGUAUCUUUGAAUGCUUAGAAUGUGAGGAAGGCUAUCAUUUGAAAGAUAAAUUCUGUGAACCAUUUUAUAAGGGAAUUGAGAAUUCUUCUUAAAUAAAAUUUUAUGCUGGUAUUUCAAAGCUCAUUUUUAUGUUGAUCAUUUUAAUUUGA